GCUAUGAAAGGAAACAGCGCACGGUAGUGGUGGUUCUAUUGUUCCUCUCUUUCUAAUUUCCGUUUUAUUUUAACUUUUUUUUUUUUUCCGCCUCCCCCCCGGCGGUGUGUUAAUGUUAGUCGUGCACUGGCACACUGAGGUGGGUUUUGCUCGCGCCGCCAACGUGGGCUAAGAAGCUGGUGAGAGCGGCGCUCGCGCCGGCAUGAGGCGCCGGAUUCCGACUCAUUUUCUGCAUCCGCGCGGAUGGAGGCGGAGGAGCGGCGGUGCUCCGCGUGAAAGGCUCUUGUACUCCGUUUUCACCACGUUUCUCAACAUUUACAUCGGCCACUCCCAGUCUGGACGGCUCCUCCAGCGCGCUUUAACCACGAUUCCUGUGCCUGUGGGUUUAUUCACCCCCGUGAGGACAUGAUGAAGGUCGCUUUUAAAAAAUGAGGAAGUUGUUUUUAGAGGAGAUCUUUAAAAGACAAAGGAAAGGCCUGGUGUCGUGCGGACCCACGUGUGGCUCAAAAAGGGCUAAAAGGAGAGAAGAAGCUGGAUAAAGAAGUGGUAACGGGAGACAUAAGAAGAGAGAAGAAGUGAAAAGGACCAGAACACUUUUUUUUAAAAAAAACUUAUAAAUAGCAAGCCUGCUUUUAAACAUUUUACAUCACUUUUUGAGUAUUUUCUGUACAAAGUUUGAGUUUUGCUGUGUGGGUCUCUGCUUUGCCCUGGUUUCCCCUCCCUCAGCCUUCGCACACCAGGCUCCAGGCUCCCUCACGUUGUUGACUACACUCUGGUCUGGACCUCAAUGGAAGUAUGCUACCAGCUGCCGGUUCUGCCCCUGGACCGGCCCGUGCCCAAACAUGUCCUCAGCCGGAGGGGAGCCAUCAGCUUUAGCUCCACCUCCUCUCUGUUUGGGGGUCCUGACCCCAGGAAGCUGUCUCAGAGACGGGGGGGCAUCUCCUAUGACAGCGCAGACCAGACAGCACUCUACAUCCGCAUGCUUGGAGAUGUGAGAGUCAGGAGCCAAGUGGGCUUUGAAUCGGAGCGAAGAGGCUCACAUCCCUACUUGUACGUGGACUUCAGAGGUUUGUACCCCCCAUCUACGGAGUCUGUAUCGCCCUGGGGCUGCCGCUGUUGCAGGCCACUGAGCUUCCAAAGACGCCUGGCUGUAUCCCCAUCCCUUCUCUGUCCAUCCUCGCGGCUCACUCUCUGCUUCCUUGAUGACGACUAUGCUGGACAAGCCAAGUGCAUGCUGAGGAAAGUUGGAAGCUGGGACUUUGACAUAUUUCUCUUUGACCGGCUGACAAAUGGAAACAGCCUGGCCACUCUUACAGCUCACCUUUUUAACCAGUAUGGACUAAUUGAGCUCUUCCAGUUAGAUGUAAUCAAGCUUUACAGGUUUCUAGUGUUGAUUCAGGAGGACUACCACAGUCAUAACCCAUACCACAAUGCCGUGCACGCUGCCGACGUGACCCAGGCCAUGUACUGCUACUUGCAGGAGCCCCAGCUCUCCUCCUCACUUACAUCUUGCGACAUCCUCCUGGGGAUAUUGGCUGCUGCGACUCAUGACCUGGACCACCCGGGUGUCAACCAGUCCUUCCUCAUCAAAACCAACCAUCACUUGGCCAGUCUGUACCAGAAUACCUCAGUUCUGGAAAACCACCACUGGAGGUCAGCAGUGGGUCUCCUCCGGCAGGCUGGCCUCCUGGAACACCUUCCUGUGGAGGACAGGCAGAAUUUGGAAAUGCGCCUGGGUUCCCUCAUUCUGGCUACUGACAUUAGCAGGCAGAACGAGUACCUGUCGCAGUUCAGGAGCCACUUGGACCAAGACGAUCUGAACUUGCAGAAUUCAGCUCAUCGGCACCUUGUUCUCCAGAUGGCCCUGAAGUGCGCAGAUAUCUGCAACCCAUGCCGCCCAUGGGAGCUCAGCAAGCAGUGGAGUGGGAAGGUGACUGAGGAGUUCUUCAACCAAGGAGACAUUGAGAAGAAACAUGGGCUUGAAGUGAGCCCCCUGUGUGACAGACAGUUAGACACUGUCCCUAAUAUUCAGACUGGGUUCAUCUCCUAUGUGGUGGAGCCUCUUUUCACAGAGUGGAGGCGCUUCUGCAGUACGCCACUCUCCCACACCAUGUUGAGCCAUUUGGGCUUGAACAAGGCCCACUGGAGAGAAGAAUCAGACCCCAGCGCUAAAACAAAACCUCAGGGAAACCAGGGGUCCUGACCCUCCUGAUGGACUGACCAAUCGCUGGGGAGGUGAAUUGGGUAGAGCCGCAAAUUGUGGCAGAAAUGUGACUGAAGUUCACGCCCCUUAGCUGUAUAAAAUAACUUGUAAUUUUAUUUAAGUUUAAUUUCUAUCCUUCACAUAGAGCAGUUCAUAGAUACCUCAUUUCACCUGCUGUAUUUCUGUUUUAAAAUAUUUAUUAUGGUUUUUACUGUUUUGGUUUUUUGCAUUACUAAUGUGACUAUUUGAAUGACAACCUGAAGGGAAUAGUGCUCCUGCUGGUGAAAGUGCUAUUCACACAUUUUGCCUGAAUGGCUCUGCAAGUCACUUUGAAACCCUGAGUAUUGAGUAAGGGCUCAGAAUGGCACAGUGCACUGUGCUCAGCAAUCUUGCUUGCAGACAAUGUGAAGAUCUCUCAUGCUGCCUUUGAAGAUUCGUUUUCACUUGUCCAUUUCAUUGAUGUUCCUUUAAGGAUUUAAGCAUUUGUUCUGUCAUGUGCAUGAAAAGGAGGUCCACAUACACUGACGGUCCAAAGAACAAAGCUGAACAGAUGUAUUCGUCCCUCCUUGUGCUCCUGAGCAGCAUGUCCUCAGUGGGGAGCGUGUGGCCUUUGCCAUCCUAACAAUUGAAAAGGUAUAGUUCUUCCCAAAAUGUGGAUCCCAGAACAGAAUGAUCUCAGGGUAAUUGUCUAAGUGGUAAAGAGGAUGGUGUUCUGGUCAUGGCUCUUUCUCCUCCACAAACAAGCAGCCUAGAACUCAGAGCCCAAAGCCUUAAACCACGUAAAAGCUGAAUAACCGUGUGUGUGUGUGUGUGUGUGUGUGUGUGUGUGUGUGUGUGUGUGUGUGUGUGUGUGUGUGUGUGUGUGUGUGUGAGAGAGAGAGAGAGAAUAAGAUGUUGCAUGUUCCAUUCUUCUGACAUUGUCCAGGUUAUCAUUGCCAGUGAGACAUGUUGCUGUUCACUUUUGAACAUUUUUGAUGCUGUUGUUUGACAUUCUCUAAUUUAUACAAAUUGUUGUUUUUGUUUAAUUUUGGACAACAAAUGGUGCUUCUGAUCUUUUUAAGACUCCCUGGUGUUUACUGUUGAGACUGUUGUAUAUCCUGUUUACAAGCAGUGUAAUAGCCAUCUUCCAGCUGGCGAUUUGCGGUCAAUGCAUUUUUGUAACUGCUUUGCUUUUUUGAUACAUACCCACUAAAGUCCAAUUUUUGGUAAUAAAAGUAA